ACCUAGGUAGGUAACUAGAGCAAGUACCUACUCUGUAAGGCACCUAACCUACCUGGGUCUAAGCAGCUUGGGCAGUCGCCGGGUUCCCCUCCCCCACCUGCGCACACCUACAAAGUACCUACUACCGAUACAACCAGCCGCCUCUCGCUUUUACCAACGCUGCCACCGAGCCGUCUCUCAUCCACCUAAUCUCGCCAGCCUUUGAUCUCUGCCCACCCGAUCAUUCAUAUUUUGCCUUUCUCAGACCUGGAGUUUGUCUCUUGGCGAUAUCUGUGUUGUCGAGCCCUUGCGACCACCGUUAACAUCCGAGCAGCCGCGUAGUUCCCUGACCAUUUCUGCCUCCAUCUGCCCCGUUAUUGCAAGCCUCCCGCGAUCGUGAGGCGUCAUAGCCUUCUUUAUACCAACCCCCCCAAAGUUCCUCUUUGACCAUGGCGCCCAGUAUCGAGGAACUGGACCUCAUGGUCCAGUCUUUCUAUGACGCUCGAGGCGAGCAGCAAAAAGCUGCCCAAACCGCCUUGAACCAGUUCAAGGAGGAUCCCGACGCCUGGCUUCUCGUCGACAAAAUCCUCAGCGACUCGAAACAUCCCCAGACUAAAUAUCUGGGUCUACAGAUAUUGGACAAUGUUAUCAUGACAAGAUGGAAGGUCCUACCCCGCGAGCAAUGUCUAGGUAUCCGCAACUUCGUUGUGAACUUCAUCAUCCAGGCCUCUAACACCGAGGAGUCCCUCAAGACACACCGGACGCUUCUCAACAAACUCAACCUUGUUCUCGUAUCCAUCCUCAAACAAGAAUGGCCUCACAACUGGCCAACCUUUAUCAACGAAAUUAUUGCUGCCUGUCGGACCAACCUGUCCAUCUGCGAGAACAACAUGAUAAUUCUCCGCCUCCUUUCCGAAGAAGUAUUUGACUACUCUGCCGACCAGAUGACAUCGGCCAAGACGAGAAACCUCAAAACAACAAUGUGCAACGAGUUCUCGCAAAUCUUCCAGCUCUGUCAGGAGAUUCUUACAUCUGCCAACCAGCCGAGCUUAGUUAAGGCCACGCUAGAGACGCUUUUGCGCUUUUGUAACUGGAUUCCUCUCGGGUAUAUCUUCGAGACACCCUUGAUAGAAACCUUACGAACCCGUUUCCUUGAGGUCCCGGAAUUCCGCAAUGUCACACUCCAAGUGUUCACGGAGAUCGGUGGCCUAGUAACCAAUGGUCCAGGACAACCAAAUACCUACAGCGAGCAGCUAGUCAAGAUGUUUGUCGAUGUCCUCACAACUAUCGCCGGAAUCAUCCCUCUAGAUCUCGACCUUAAGUCUACCUACCCACAGAGUAACACCAGGGACCAAGAGUUUUUGCAGGAUCUGGCCCUUUUUUUGUGUAACUUUUUCGGGCAGCACGUUGACCUUGUUGAAAAGCUCCCUAACCGUGACUUCCUUACGCAUGGUCACUUCUACCUUAUUCGAAUAUCCCAAAUUGAGGACCGCGAAAUUUUCAAGAUCUGCUUAGACUACUGGUUGAAACUCGUGCAAGAGCUGUAUGAGGAGAUGCAAACUGCCCCUAUGCAGGAUCUUAAUUCAAUGUCUAUAGCAGUCUCGGCUGGAUCAGGCAGUGGUGCUAUCAACCCUGCAAUACUCGAAAACUUACCACUUCGAAUGCACAAGUAUAAGGAAGUGCUAUCCAACCUUCGUGUGGUCAUGAUCGAGAAGAUGGUCCGUCCUGAAGAGGUCCUCAUUGUUGAAAACGAUGAGGGUGAGAUUGUCCGCGAAUUUGUCAAGGAGAGUGACACAGUACAGCUAUACAAGACCAUCCGAGAGUGUCUUGUCUACUUGACACAUCUCGACGUCAUAGACACAGAAAAUAUCAUGACAGAGAAACUUCAAAAGCAGGUAGACGGGACCGAAUGGUCUUGGCACAAUUGCAAUGUCCUAUGUUGGGCAAUUGGAUCGAUUUCACUAGCUAUGAAUGAAGAGACGGAGAAACGUUUCCUAGUCACAGUUAUAAAAGACCUCCUGGGACUUACAGAGAUGAAGCGUGGAAAGGAUAACAAAGCCGUUGUUGCUAGCAAUAUCAUGUAUAUCGUGGGCCAAUACCCGCGUUUCUUGAAGGCUCACUGGAAGUUCCUUAAGACGGUCGUGAAUAAGCUCUUCGAGUUUAUGCACGAAUCUCACGAAGGUGUUCAGGACAUGGCCUGUGAUACUUUUAUCAAGAUCGCACGCCAGUGCCGAAGGCAUUUCGUGGCUUUGCAGCCCAGCGAGAAUGAGCCAUUUAUCGAAGAGAUCGUUCGGAGCCUCCAACGUAUUACCUGCGAUCUUACUCCGCAACAAGUCCAUACAUUUUAUGAGGCUUGCGGAUAUAUGGUAGCUGCCCAGGGCAACAAACACCAGCAAGAACGGCUAUUGGCUGAAUUGAUGAAUGCGCCUAACGCUGCGUGGGAUGAAAUUAUCAGGGCCGCCACAUCAAAUCCCCAAAUUCUAGAAGAUGCCGACACCAUCAAGAUCAUCGGCAAUAUCAUGAAGACAAAUGUCUCGGCCUGUUGCUCGAUUGGCCCUUACUUCGGACCCCAGAUUGGCAGAAUAUACUUAGACAUGUUGCAAAUGUACCGUGCAACGAGCCAACUUAUUUCCGAAGCUAUUGCUCGUGAUGGCGAGUUGGCGCCGCGAAUGCCCAAGGUUCGAGGAUUGCGAACUAUCAAGAAAGAAAUCCUCAAAUUGAUUGAAAGCUAUGUGGAUAAAGCCGAAGAUCUGCAGGCAGUGCGCCAACAGAUGGUUCCCCAGCUCCUCGACUCUGUCCUCGUUGACUACAACCGUAACGUUCCUGGUGCUCGGGAUGCCGAGGUGCUAAAGGCCAUGUCAACAAUUAUCACACGACUAACAGGUCUCAUGGAGGAUCAAGUCCCCGUUAUCAUGCAGAAUGUCUUCGAGUGCACACUGGAGAUGAUUAACAAGGAUUUCUCCGAGUUUCCCGAGCACAGGGUAGAGUUCUUCAACCUGCUCAGAGCUAUAAAUCUUCACUGUUUCCCUGCCCUUCUCAAGCUCGACAAUCGCCAGUUCAAAUUCGUCAUUGACGCUUGUAUGUGGGCAAGCAAGCAUGACAACCGGGACGUUGAGGGCGCAGGGCUCAACAUGUGCUUGGAACUUGUCAGCAACAUUGCUGAGAAAACAGAUUUGCAAACUGCUAACGCCUUCUUCCAACAAUUCUUUGUUACUAUCCUGCAAGACGUGUUCUUUGUUCUGACAGACCCUGAUCACAAAGCUGGUUUCAAAACCCAGUCAUUAUUACUAAUGAGGAUGUUCUACUUUGUACUCCCUGCUGAUGGGACAACACCAAAGAUACAAGGUCCUGUAUAUGUUGAUCAAGCACCUGCUGGGACCAGUAACAGAGAUUUCCUCGCAGACUUCGUUGGAAGGCUCCUGCGCAAUGCUUUCCCUAACCUUCAGGCGGUUCAAAUCACUGCGUUCAUAGAAUGUUUAUUCACACUAAACAGUUCGUAUGAGAAGUUCCGUCUUCAAGUCCGCGACUUCCUUAUCUCUCUCAGAGAAUUCGCCGGAGACAACGCCGACCUUUUCGUUGUUGAAAAAGAACAGGAGGCUAGAGACAAGUUGACAGCUGAUCAUGAGCGACGUGCCAAAGUUGGUGGUCUCCUAAAGCCAUCAGAGAUUGAAGAUGAUGAGCUAUGAUUGGAUUAACGAAUUGAGGAAUGAGUUUGCGCGGCAUCGGAGCCCAAGUUAGCACUCCUCAGAUCCCAGUCAAGCCAUAAGAUGGGCAGCUGGAAUAUCUCCGAGUUAUGAUACACUCUGGGUAAUGGAGGACAGUCUAAGCAGUCGCUCCUUUUCUUGAUUGCCUCGCCACGUCGCCGCGGAACUUGGCUGUUCAAAACUGUAUGUGAUACCAAAAAAUGAUAGAAGUAUAUGUCUGUGAGGUAGCACUACCGCAGACUGCUUGGACGAUUCGUUUGAGAGAAACCUGGCGGCCUUACUCCUUUCUCGUUUGUCUGAGAGUAUGGAGGCGGCAGAGAGGUGUGGCUGUUGGAACUCCACGAACAAUAAAUACGAUGCAGUUGUUCGUACACCCGAGCCAUAUGCAUCAUGGAGAGGCAGUAGCUGGUCCUGAAGGGUCCACUAUAGGGCAUGAAGAUAUACUCGUCCGAUAAGGUUUCGGAAUGAGAGAAGUAGCUAUUAAAGACAAUUGACUAGGCAAAAGACCGUCAAGGCGGAUAUGCCAAAUACUAGUCAGUA